AUGACACGCACAAUAUCUGAUGAGACCAGGGCUCUCAGGGCUGAAAAUGAGCGCCUUCGGAAGGAGUUAGAAGAACUCAGCAAGAAGGUCGAAAAAAUCCAAAGGGCACCUCAGUUGCCAAGCAAUUUGGAAGAGUUUGAAGCUGGUCUCCUGCUUAAGUUGGGGGAUAGGAUCAAUGCCCGCAUUGAAGGGCUUGAACCUCGGCUGAAUCCAGCGCCGCGGCUUAGACCACCCUUAGCGGGAGACAAGACGAAAGGAAGACAGGGAAUAGAAGAAGACUUACCUAUUCCUCUGACGGUUUCAGUUCCGGCAACAACCUCUGGUCCUGAAACAAAAAAGAAGAAGAUUAAGUCAAAGAAGAAAAAGGGAAAGGCACCGGAGAGGGUUGAGUGUGCGGGCGAAUCGGCUCCCGCCGCCCCCGCGCACUCUUCCGUCCCCGUUGCCAAGACUCAAAGUGGGUCAAAUCCCACCCGCCGCACUGGAUCCAGCAAUGGUGAAGGUGCCGCGGUUGAGCCGGAACGUAUUCUGGAGGCCGGCAACCCCCAUGAUGAAGUUAGAAAGGGAGAGAGUGAUGGAAGUAGGAGUGGCAGAGUAAAGGAAGGAGUUGGGAAAGAGUUGCGGGUGAUGUUGCAGAGGGCUCUCAGGGCUGAAAAUGAGCGCCUUCGGAAGGAGUUGGAAGAACUCAGCAAAAAGGUUGAGGGAAUUCAAAAGGCACCCCAGUUGCCAAGUAAUUUGGAAGAGUUUGAAGCUGGUCUCCUGCUUAAGCUGGGGGAUAGGAUCAAUGCUCGUAUUGAUGGGCUUGAACCUCGGCUCAAUCCAGCGCCGCGGCUUAGACCACCCUUAGCGGGAGACAAGAAGAAAGAAAGAGAGAGAAUAGAAGACUUACCUAUUCCUCCGGCAGUUUCAGUUCCGGCAGCAACCUCUGGUCCUGAAACAAAAAAGAAGAAGAGUAAGUCAAAGAAGAAAAAGGGAAAAGCACCGGAGAGGGUUGAGUGUGCGGGUGAAUCGGCUCCCGCCGCUCCCGCGCACUCGUCCGUCCCCGUUGCCAAGACUCAAAGUCGGGCCCCAUCUCGUCCACCGAACCCAGACUCUCUUGAAGAGAACUGGGUCACGGUGCACACGAUUUUUGACUGCUCGGCAUGGGACUCCCAGCGGGGAACCAUGUUGAGAAUAACCGGAUUAGACAGUAUGAGUAGUAACCCUCUUAGUUUACAGGACCUGGUUCAGAGCAUAGUCUCUGACGAAUCCAAGUGGAAGGCUGUCCAGGCGUUCUGCGAGGAGGUACUCAAGGCUAAGGAGGACAAUGAGCGCGCUCGGGAAAUAGAACCGGGGGCUCCGCUCCAGAGAAGAAGGAGAACAGGGAGACGCAGACGCAACUUUGCGAAUGCGUCGUAG